GAUGUGGGGGUGCAGAUGCAGCACCAGCACUGGGUGCCCCUGGUGAACACAUCUGGCAGUGCCCCAUUCCCCGUUCCAUUCCCCGUUCCAUUCCCCAUUCCAUUCCCCGUUCCACCCCCUGCAGCAGCAGGUGUGCUGAGCGCUGGUGGCUGCAGGGACAGUGACUCCUUCCCAGCAGUGUCCCGGGAUGGCCGAGCUGUCAGGACAUCGUGCUGGAUGUGCCCGAGGUGACAGCCCUGUUCCAGGGGAAGAGAAACACUCCUGGGCUCAGCUCCUGGGCUCCCGCCCCAGCCCGGGGCACUGGAGCAGCUCCAGCUCCAUCUGCACCGAGGACUUUGCUGCCAAGUUUUGGGAGGGAAUGGUGGAGCCACUGCUGUGCCAGCAGGAGCCUGCUGGGCAUGUCCCCAUGGAAGGAGCUCAUCCUGGGCAGGAUGAAUCCUUGUUCCCCACAGGGAGAAGCCUGGACACGGGGACACAGCUGGUGAUGGAGCUGGACAGACGCCCCUGGCAGGACAGGCAGGACAGGCAGGACAGGCAGGACAAGCAGGACAGGCAGGACAGGCAGGACAGGUCUCCAUCCCGGAGCAGGAGGGAGAGCCUGGAGUCCCUGGGAGCGAGGAUCUCCCGCCUGAGCCAGAGCCAUGUGGGGGUGUCCUGGGGGGUCCCCUGGGCAUCCCCCUCUGCCCAGCCUGCCCUGGGCUACAGGGACUCUCCUCAUGGGGACCUGGUGGUCACAGACUUGCCUGAGCAUUCCUGGAGAACUCCAGGGAUCUCUGCUGGCAGGAGCAAGGCUGGGACAAGCACAGGCAGCAGUUUUCCCAGGGCCACCCAUGCCAGAACCAGGGGACAUCCUGCCCUGGACAUGAGGCGACAGGAGCCACCAGCUCUGUGGAGACGUGGAGGGAAUGUCACCUUCCCUAUGGAUGACACGGACAGGACACAGGCAGCAGACAGCAGCAGGAGUGCUGGCACAGCCGUGAGAGCCCCUGGGCACUGGGGGUCCCCUGUGUCCCCAGGGCUGCGUGGGGACCAGAAAGGGGGGCUGCUCUGCAAGGGGGUGCCACCACGCUGGAGGAGCCAGCAGGGGACACGAGAGCUGGGAUCUGCAGCCAAGCCUUGGAGCCAAGGGGACAGAGCCAGGACUGGCCUGGCACUGCUGGGACACGCCUGGGACACCCAUCACUGGUGCCACAAGGACCUGCAGAGCACGUCCUGGCAGGGAGCCUGUGUGGGCCAGGAGCGGCUGGACAAGGAGAGAAGGAGAACAGCAACUUCACUCAAACAGAAACUGGAGCUGCUGGAGAGGCUGCGGGAGCUGGAACGGGGCAGCCGCUCCCUCCUGCAGCAGCGGCUGCGAGUGAUGCAGCAGCUCCGGGGGCUGCUCCAGAGGGACGAGGCGGAGACACUUCGGCAGCUCCAGGAGGCCCUGGAGCAGGACGGUGAGCAGAGGCAGCAGACAGAGAAAACCUCAGCUCCAGGAGCCCCCGGGGAGCCCCUGAGCCAGGGACAGAGGGAACAUCCCCAUCCCUCCCCGUCCCUGAGCUCCACGCCCGGGCUCUGCCAGCGUGCCCGGGGCUCCCUGGGGCUCCUGCACCACCUCCAGGAGCUGCAGCUGGACAAGACACAGAACUCGGGGACCCCUGGGGGGACAACUGGGCACGAGGAGCAGAGAGGAGGGACAGGGACAGCCCGGGGUGGGGACCCCCCCUCUACCACAGCCCUGGCGCUGAUCCAAGGGGAGGAAGAGGGGCAGAGCUCCAGCAUGGAGCACAAUUCCUGCUGGGAACGGCCCUGCAGUGGGGCUGUGACCUCAGGCAGGUCCCACCACCGUCAGUCUGUGCCAUGGCCCCAGUGACCCCGGGGGUGUUUGCUGAUCCCGAGGCAAUCAGGAGGGAUGGCCAUGGAAUGCCAGGAACCCUCCCCAGAGCCCCCUGGGUCAGGCACAGGGCUCCCACAUCCUCUUCCCACUCUGCAGCUCCUCCUCUGUCCAGGCUCCCAUCUCCCACUCUGGGACAGGGCCAGGUGACAUUCCCUUUUCUGCUCCACCACAAAGAUACUGGUUGGAUAUUUGGGAAAAAAUCCAAGCUGAAAAGGAGGUUAAACGCUGGUCCAGGCUGCCCAGGGCAGUGGUGGAACCACCAUCCCUGGAAGCGUCCAAAAAAUGGGUCUGUGUGGCACUUUGGGAUGGGUUUAGUGGGAUGUGGUCAAAGGUUGGACUUUGUGAUCUUGGAGGUCUUUUCCAGCCUUAACAAUUCCAUGAUUCUGAGUUUUCUCCUUGGACACUGAGGUCCCAGUUAUGGAAUGCACUGAACAGAGCAAAGCUCCUGCAAACUCCUCAAAAAGCACCACGAGGUUGUGACAGAUCUUGAAGCUGCCAAGU